AUGCGGGUUAUUACUCUCUUCCUGCUUUUUUGUCUACUAAGACUCAGCGUAACGACGGAGGCGUACCUUAGCAACCGCGUGGUGAAAGCGAAUUCUGCCUUGUACGCAGUGAGGAAGAAGAAGAAAAAAAAAAUGACCAAGAUGAUCCACAUUACUGUGAGCGCCGACAAUGAAAUAGGAACAAAAGGAGAAAUAAAAAAGGUGAAGCUCUCGCACGCCUUCAACUACAUCAUACCGCAGAAACUGGGUUACAGAAGCACCAUCGAUGAGCUGGUCGAAAAGGAGAAAACUGAAAACACCCUCAAGUACAUUGACGAUAUUAAGAGGAGUUUUCUGUGGACGUAUAAAAAGAAGCUUGACGGGUUUAAUGUUCCCUUCCGGUUCGCUGAGGGGAAAAAGAUCCUCGUUACCCAAGACGAUAUCCUUCAUUACCUCCUAACCCGGGGAUUAAUCCGCGAAAACGACGACGUGUACGAUAAGAUAAAAAGCAAAAAGGUGAAGCUCGACGACGUUGGAAGCUACCCGAUGAAGUACACCUUUAUGAACAGCCUCCAAAUCGACCUCACUGUGCACGUGAUGAAGGUCAAGUGA